AAAAUGUCUUUAAAUCCAUUAAAUGAACUAAAACGCCGUCUGAAUGAUGACUCAACCCCUCUACCAAAACGACUCUGCCUCGCCAAAAACAUUGUUCACUCACACCACUUUCCUUCGGCUCCAAAAGAACGAGUUGUCGCUGACUGGCUACAGACGCUUUCGGCAGAGAAUAAAGUAGGUGGUGUGGAACUUAGGAAUGUUAUCCAAUGGCUCGAUGGGGAAGAAUUGACAGGAGAAUUGAAGAGUCAGUUAAUAAAGGUUGUAACACAAUAUCUUCAAAUAAAUCCACUACAAGCAGAUAAUGUUCAAAGCAUAAUAUUCUUCUUAGAACACUCGAAGAUUUUCUCGCAAUUGUGUUUACAAAUAGAUGAAUUUCUACAUAUCACCACUACAUUACUACAGUAUUUGAGAAACGAGGGCAACUUUACACAAAGCGAAAAAAUAUUAAACAAUUUCGUUAAAUAUUACAAAGAGUGUAAGAAAAAGUUAGAAUUUGUUGUAAAAUUCUUAGAAGGGGAAAAUAUAGAAACUUUAUUCUCGUUUUUGGACACUGAAAAUCAUGAAUCCGUGAUUCAUGUGUGUGAAAAUAUUUUAUUUCCCAUGAAUAAGAAAUCUUUCUUUGUAAGUUUUCUACAAACUUUAAUAAGAAAAGAUAAUAUUGAUGAAUUAAUUGCUGAGAAAGGUGACAAUAUACAAUUUGUAUUGAAAGUUAUGAGUGCAUUCUUCAUGUUUCCAAAAGGACGAACUGACAAAAACUCCAAAUUUUUAUCCAACUUUGUCGAUAUCUUUGUGAGUUGCUUCCGAAACGAGAGUCAAAUGAUUUUCGCAUUUUACAUAAUGGUCGUUAACUCGCUAAAUAUGAAUCAGAAUUAUUUGAACCCGGCUAUGAAAAUGCCCGGCAUCGUAUUUGAGAAUGAUGAAAAAGUUAAACGGAGCCUAUAUUUGAGUAUUUUAGAAAGUUUACACAAAUACGAAGUUGAUAUAAACAUCAAAUUAACUGAUACAUUUGGAGAAAAGGUAUCUAAAAUAGAAAUUAAAAAGAAUUUUAUAUCUUUCUUGCAAAAUGUUAUGAUGGGGCAGUUGAAACUCGAAGGAAAAUUGGAUAAAACAUCUUUACAAAUAAUAAAGGCUGCAUUGAAACUUGACCCUACUUUAUUAGAGAAAAAAUUAGACCAAAUUCUACCCCCUAUUAUGACUGCGAAGAAGUACAAUAUAAGUACAUAUGAGUCCUACAAGGAUAUGUUAAAUUGCCUACUUGAAAUUCUAUUUAAAUUGAGUCGAGGCAUAACAUUCAUAAAUCAAAUCCUUCCAAGUAUAAAAUUGGCGUUAGAAGCCAGCAACACUGAACAAUUUGAGCUAAAACAGAAAAUUAAAGAGUGUACGGACAAUGAAACGGAUUUAGAAAAACUAAAAAAUAAAAUUAUCACAAGUAACGAUUUAUUUCCAAGAGAAUGUAUAGAAACGUUUGGGAAGUGGAGUUCAGAAUUAAUGUUCAGACAAAAUAAGGAACUGCUAACACUAUUGCAAAAGGAUUUUGAAGAACAUUGUUUGAUGAUGUUGGAAGAAGGAUUUGUCAGCCCCUCGAUAAUAACGCUAGCAAAAGUCUUGUCUGCCAUUUUGUCGAGCUUCCUCAACCAUUGCAAGAUGGCGGAUCACACCGUUCCGCACCAAAUCGCUGAGGACUUUUGGAACGCGUUUAAACUAUUUGAGGAUGAAUGUUUGAAGAAAUUUGGUGAAUGCAUUCUAAAAUUAAGUCAUAACCCUCAACUAACAACAGCAUUCCUGGAACUCAGCCUCAGUGUUGCACACUUAAAACUACUAAACUUGAAGUAUAGCAACACUAAACUUGUUAUAUCUGUUCCGGCUACAUCGGAGCUUUUCGACAUGAGCGUGAUUUUGCCUUGUAUGAAUAGUGAGCAAUGGAUUGCGUUAGCUUCGAAAGCUAUUGAAGAUGAGUCAAUAUUAUUGUUGAACAACCUCCUUCUUGCGAAAAUAAGGGCAAUCAGUCUACUGCCAAUCAAACAUUUAGACGAACAAAUCGGACCAAUAAAUCAUAUAAAAUACCAUCUUAUAAAGCAAAUGUCUGGACAGCCAAAUGUUCUAGAAAUACCUGGAUUUCAUAAUGUGAUUUCUACCAAUUAUAUAGACAAAACACAGUUAAAACAUCUUGCUAAAAACUUAGUCAGACUAUACCUAAACAAUUAUAAUGCAGAAAUAUUCCAAAACAACGCUGUUAGUGAUAAUAAACCGCUACUAAAUGCUAUAGUUUUGGAAACGGUUAAAAAUAUAAGUAAAUGUUUCGAAACUAACGAAAAUUUUACAAAGGCAUUGACAAAAUCUGACUUCGACUUUAAAAAAUUCGUAAAAGAAAUUGAUAUCAAAGAAUAUUUUGAACAAAUAUGUUUGAAAGAACAUCAAGAGGAUGUUAUAAAUAACUGUCUAGAUAUUUUAAAACAUUUGACAUUGAGUUAUGUUGAUGAAAACUACCAAUUGGUAGGAAUUUUCGUUCUUUUAUCUACGAAAAAGUGUUGCCAGAAGAAAAUUCGGAAAAAUAUCGAUCAAAUUCUGCAAAACGUCUACGAAUUAAGUCCGAAAUGUCCGGAUAUAUACAAAAUAUUUCCAGUAGAUUUCAUAUUCUCUUUUGACGAUAGAUUAAUGAUAAAUCUUUUAACAUUGAAGCUCAAAAACGCAAACAAUAUGUUAGUAAUCAAAUGUACAUUAGAAUCUGCAGUAAAAAAAGUAAAAACAGAAAGCGACAUAGUGAAAAACUUAGUAGAAAUCUUACUAAUCAAUCAAAAUAAAAAUAACGCAUCCAGUAUAGAAUACUUCAGUGACCCAGCUUUUCAAAUUAGUUGCAUAAUACUGCCAAUAAUAGCUAAAGAAAAACGAGCCAUAACAACAAGUGCGUAUAGAUCAAUUCUGGCAACUCUACAGGAAAAACUGCACAAUUCAGUGCUAAAUGCCUUCAAAAAUAUCGAUUUCGGAAAUAAUAGUAGUUUAUUAAAUAAAACAAAUGGCAAUACAGACGAGAGUAUGGUAGAUUCUGAAAAUACGUCAGCAACAUUGAACGCUAUUGGCGCGUAUUCGUUGACGCUUUCAAAGUAUUGUGAAACCACUGAUGCUGGUGAAAUAAAAAAAUUGGAUUGUCUUUGGUCUGGGCUGGGAUUUUUUGUGCAGCAUGCUAUAAAAUCCCUUCAUAAUAACUCAACGAAAAUUCAACACAUAGACUCAUCAAUACAAUUAUUAAUAGUUAUAUUACGUCACAUAAAGAAACUCGACUCUCAUCCAAUAUUCGAACAAAGAGACCGAUUGUUCAUACAAAUUUGGAAAGGAUUGUUGCAAAGAUUAUUGCUACAGGAAAGAACAAAUGAUGAUUUUGCAGUCGUGUUGAAGUAUUUGUGUGAAUUUACUUCUGUGGAAUGCUUUACAAUGAGUUUUGCUGGUGAUUUGGGUGGAUUAAUGGAGUUAAAGAAACCAUCAGAAACAACGAAAGAAUCCCUAACAUCGCACAAAGUAUCAAAAUACUUAUUUACACAAAUUUUAAAAGCAAAUAUCAUAGGACCAAAAUGCAACGCCGUCACCAAACUCGCGGCACGACACUGCAAAUCUCUGAGAACGUGGCUGAAGGAACAUUUCCUCUAUCAAGAUUUUGAAACGAGAAGUGACGUAGAGACAAAUGAAGUUCGUGUGAUUCCAGUUGAUGACGUCAUUUGUGAACUGCUGAAAGUGGAUUUUGAUAUAUUGUCUGAAGUUAUUUUGGCUGCUAAAAAGAUAUCCUUGGACUACAAAUUCCUGGAUUCAGUCUUCUGCCUCCAACACCUCACCCACUGUCUCAUCGGAGAGAACUCAGUGCAAAUCUACUAUGACGUAUCCCGUGCAGCUAAAUUCACUCUGUUCGAAGGGUGUAUUAGCGUGUUGAAUGCUUUACUUUUAUCGAGAGAGGAAUUGCUUGAAGAUAGAUGGCCCUGCUUUAUGCAAUGUUACCGUGGCUUAGUGCAAUAUCUGUGCCAACUAGCGACAUCUGCUGUGCAAUUGGACAAACCCGAAGAAGACAAGAUGGCGGAAAUCGCACACUCUAUUGAAAAGCUAACCCAAUCAAUCUGCAAACGCAAGAACCACAUCUCGAGAAUUGCAACAUACGCAGUAGCCGACAUCUGCUCCCUCCUUGAACGAACAGGGCCUACAAAAAUCGUGCGACAGCAUUUAGAAAAUUGCACGGCACUGUUGAUACAAUCUUGUGAUAGUAGUUACACCACUGCAUUUCUUAGACGAGCAUUGGCUGGGUCUCCUGGCCACAUGACUUUGAGUAACAUGUAUACAAUGUACAAAAGAUAUCAUAAAUACGUUGGGAACGCCUGAAUGUUGUCUAAUCUAAGAUUUAAAUAUAAUGUACUUGGACUCAUAGCAUGUUUGUAUAAUUUUAAAGAAUAAAUCAUGCCAAAAGGCGAUACUGGAUCUAUUUCUGGAUCCUAAAACAGAUUGCCAAUAUUUACGUGGAUAAAACCGUCGUUAUUAUAAGAAACCCAUGUACAGCUGUGUAAUGUACGGAAAUUGAUAUAUACUGUGACUGAAUGUGUAAAUAUUCUAUAUUGUGAGACGUACGUUAGUCCGUAAGAACCGUACAUUUUUUUUAAAGUUUUCCUUAUUCUGUAAUAAGUUU